ACCGAGACAGGGGAAUUGAUUUUAAUGGCGGAAUUUGCAGGAGGAUCCUAUUGGCUUCUCUCGGCUGCUGCUGCAUCAACCACAUUUCUUGCUUUCAUCAUCAUCUUCUUCCUUGCGGGAAUAGCAAGAAGAAAGAGAAGAGAGCCUCAUAGGCUGCCUCCGGGAAGCAGAGGAUGGCCUUUGAUCGGAGACACCUUCGCUUGGCUCAAAGCCGUCUCUGGUUCUCAUCCUUCAAGCUUCGUUGAGCAACAAAUCAAAAAGUAUGGGAGGAUAUUCUUGUGUAGCUUGUUUGGGAAAUGGGCAGUGGUAUCAGCUGACCCGGCGUUUAACCGGUUCAUAAUGCAGAACGAAGGCAAGCUGUUUCAGUCGAGUUAUCCAAAGUCUUUCAGGGAUUUGGUUGGGAAAGAUGGAGUGAUCACGGUGCACGGUGAUCAGCAGAAACGACUUCACUCGAUAGCAUCGAGCAUGAUGCGUCAUGACCAGCUCAAGAAUCAUUUUCUUGAGGUUGCCAUUCAUCUUAUGGUUAACCAACUUCUCGGUGUGUCGAGCGAAUCAGAAGUCGAUGAAAUGUCUCAGCUUUUCUCCGAUUUUGUUGAUGGAUGUCUCUCUGUUCCUAUCGACUUGCCUGGUUUCACAUACCACAAAGCAAUGAAGGCACGAAAGGAGAUCAUAAGAAAGAUAAACAAGAUGGUAGAGAAGUUGUUGCAGAACAAAGAAACAUCAGAUACUGCUGGUAAUGGUGUACUUGGAAGAUUGCUUGAAGAAGAAAGCUUGCCAAACGAAUCCAUGGCAGAUUUUAUCAUCAAUCUACUGUUUGCCGGAAAUGAAACUACCUCAAAAACAAUGCUGUUUGCGGUUUACUUCCUCACUCAUUGUCCUAAGGCCAUGACCCAACUCCUGGAGGAACACGAUAGGCUCGCUGGAGGAACGCUAACAUGGCAAGAUUACAAGACAAUGGACUUCACUCAAUGCGUAAUAGAUGAAACACUCAGGCUUGGGGGAAUUGCGAUAUGGCUUAUGAGAGAGGCGAAAGAAGAUGUCUCAUAUCAAGAUUAUGUCAUUCCCAAGGGAUGCUUUGUUGUUCCGUUUCUCUCGGCAGUGCACUUAGAUGAGAGCUAUUACAAGGAAAGUCUCUCCUUCAAUCCAUGGCGAUGGCUUGACCCUGAAACUCAGCAAAAAAGGAAUUGGAGAACGAGCCCUUUCUAUUGCCCAUUUGGUGGAGGAACUCGGUUUUGUCCAGGAGCAGAACUGGCUCGCCUACAAAUUGCUCUCUUUCUGCAUUACUUCAUCACCACAUACAGGUGGACACAACUUAAGGAAGAUCGUAUCUCCUUCUUCCCUUCGGCUCGUCUAGUGAAUGGCUUCAAAAUCCAGUUGAACAGACGAGACAGUGAUCCUCGGAAUCAAUAAAGAACCAACACUCUCCACCUCUGUAGAUCUCUUUGUAUUGAUGUAUAUUCACUCAAAACCAUGUGAUUUUUUGUAACUCCAAAUUUGUGUAAUAGUUUUAACUCCAAAGUUGCUCAGAUCUAAGUACUCUAUAAAACUCAACACCCCAG